CCUAUCUGCUGCCACGGUAAUACCGGCAGAUUAAAACUAUCGUAGGCUAGAAAACGCAGGGGGCAGAGAGGGGCGAUUUGCUUCCCCAGACUGUCAGUUGACAUGGUAAUGAGCAUGCACUCAUUACUCACGGUUCUCAAUAUAGACAUAGAUCGCCCAUAUCACUCAACACGUUAUUCCGAAAAGCUCAUAUUAGGAAAAUUCCCAGAGAUCUGCCAUAGUGCUAUGAAGUCCUCCAGUCGAGGCGUCAGACCAACCCCUGACCGUAUCCCUUAUCAUCGCAUAAUCCUUCCGGUUCCAUGGCUCCCACAGAUCGAUCCAGCAGGCAAGCGGCAUACCGAAAAGGCUCCCGACAUGGACUCCUACCGGACCUGCGUCACUUUGGGAGCCGAGACAAACACUCAAGGCAUACAUAGAUACACCGAGUCAAGUUUCGUCCCACGCGGCGUGCGUGGCUACCUGCAUGUGCGCUUGUCAGUCCUUCCUUGUCUCGGCCGCCUUGUUCACCAACGUGGGUUCAACAUGAUGACAAGCGCGCACCGAUGCAGGUAGCCGGUAUAUGAGUGCUUACGACAUACGUACAGUUCCCAUCACGUUUUGUUUUGUUGGGGCUGGGGAGAUGUUCCCGGCAAAUCGGAAUUUGGGCAAAAUAGGUGCAUACAUCUAUUGAGUGGUGUGGUGUCACGAUACACACGCAUCUCGGAUGGCUGCCGGUGGCGGAGCGAUGGCGAGGCAGAAGGAUGCUGUCAAAGGGCAGCAAACAAGCAAACGACUAAAUCGCUU